AGGCCCAUAAACCCAUUACUCUUGCACAAAACCCUAAUCUUAUUCUUCAUACUUCACUCUGUAGUGCUCUAUAGUAAGGGGAAAAAAAAAAAAAAAACCGCCGCUCAUCGAAGCAUUUGCACAAGCAGAGCCACCAUGGUUGCCGCCAAGAAAACUAAGAAGACUCAUGAGAGCAUUAACAAUAGGUUGGCUUUGGUUAUGAAGAGUGGUAAAUACACAUUGGGUUAUAAGACUGUUCUUAAGACCCUUAGAAACUCUAAAGGAAAACUAAUCAUCAUUGCCAACAACUGCCCUCCUCUCAGGAAGUCUGAGAUAGAGUAUUACGCCAUGUUGGCAAAGGUUGGAGUCCACCACUACAAUGGAAACAAUGUAGAUUUGGGGACGGCUUGUGGUAAAUACUACAGGGUCUGUUGCCUCAGCAUCAUUGACCCCGGUGAUUCCGACAUCAUUAAGAGCAUGCCCGGUGACCAGUGAGGAUGCAUGCCAUUCUGAAUCUUGGGAAUAGCUAGUGUAGAUGAUAAUUUUACUUUAUUGUGGUAACUAGCAAGAUAAUGUUGAUGUUAUUUGAAUCAAGUUUUUUGUCUGAGCUAGUAAAUUUACUUCAUGGACAAUGAUUUGUUGUGCCAUAUUUUACACUUAUAGUUCUGAGUUAGUUUUUUGAAUGUGCAAUUCCUUGAAAAUACUUGCAUCUCGGGAGGAGAUUAUAACAGUUUAUAUAUAACCAAGCAAGUUUGUUUUUGUA